GCGGCGUUGGCAGCGGACGCUUCUGAGGAGCUCAGCUCAGGCAGGUCAUAAGACAAACACUAGAUUAUUCACAUACUAGACCGUACUUCAGUAUGAACAAUUAGACACCCCAGGUGUCCUAUAACGCAGAUGGCUAACUUCAAAGGCCAUGCUCUCCCAGGGAGCUUCUUCUUGAUAGUUGGACUGUGGUGGUCAGUGAAGUACCCACUGAAGAACUUUCACCAGAAGGGAAAGAACAGCAGGCUCAACCAUUACUACCAGCGUCUAGAGGUCAUCGAGGCUGCUGUCAGAAUUCUGUUUUCAGUCAUUGGGAUCCUGGCAGAACAGUUUGUUCCUGAUGGGCCCCACCUCCACCUCUACCAGGAAAACCACUGGAUGAAGCUAAUGAACUGGCAGCACAGCACCAUGUACUUAUUCUUUACAGUCUCAGGAAUCAUUGACAUGCUCACCUACCUUGUCUCCCACGUCCCCCUGGGGGUAGACAGAUUGGUUUUGGCUGUGGCAAUAUUCACUGAAGGUUUUCUCUUCUACUACCAUGUUCAUAACCGACCUCCACUGGACCAGCACAUCCACUCACUCCUGCUGUAUGCUUUGUUUGGAGGGAGUAUCAGUAUCUCCCUAGAGGUGAUCUUUCGGGACAAUAUUGUGCUGGAACUUUUCCGAACCAGUCUGGUUAUCCUUCAGGGAACUUGGUUCUGGCAGAUUGGGUUUGUGCUAUUCCCGCCUUUUGGAACACCUGAAUGGGACCAGAAAGACGAGACCAACAUCAUGUUCAUCACCAUGUGCUUCUGCUGGCACUACUUGGUUGCCCUCUGCAUUGUGGCCAUCAACUACUCUCUUGUUUACUGCCUUCUGACACGGAUAAAGGAACGUGGAGGAGAAAUCAUUGGGAUUCAGACACUGAAAUCCAAUCACACUUACCAGACUGCACUUUUGAGUGGCUCGGAUGAGGAAUGAGAUUAGGCUGUGGGGUUAUGGGAGACCUCCCAUCCCUUUGAGUCCUAAGGAGUGAAUGAAUAUAGCUUAUCUCCUCAUUUUGAGGCUUACCUUGGUCUGCUCCUAAGGCUCCAUACAUUUGUACCUCCUCAUUUAAUACAAGGCUGGAGGCUCUAGUAAAGGAAAUGAAGCCUCUGGUGUUUUGUGUACCUUGUUGUUUGGAUUUUUAAACAUAAAUUAACUUAGUUGUGUUAGUGUAAUAUCCUUCAUAAAGAGAAAUGAAGUAAGAGCUGUAAGUAACAAGCCUGUGCAUCUGUGGAGAGAAAUCCGAGACUGAAAACCUAAAACAGGAAGUGACCUUGUAAAUGAAAUAAUGAGUCCAGCAGGACAGCACACUUUUGAUAACUUGCUGCUUUUCCUUCAAGAAAACAGGUACUUUCUUACCAGAAAAACAUCAGGACAUAUGUGAAUGACAGUGCCUUUACUUUAGAGCUACAAUUCUAACUUGUAUUUUUUUUUAAGUAAAGCAAUUUACAAGCUUUGGUAUUUUAAAUAUUACUUGUUAAAAACAUUUUCUAACUAAUGUUACUACAGCACUGCAAUGCCACCACUGAUAAGGGACAAAAUUGGGCCAAAGAUAUAUAUACAAAAUAUAUGUAUUUUAAAUCAGGAAGCUAGUUAGUGGCCCAGCCAAGGGUGUGGAACUCAGCUGUUCCGACUCCUAAAGUCACUCAAAACAGGGUGCCAAAAGGAAAUCUGAACAGUGAGGUACAGAGAAAAACAUCAGGUUACGGAAGGCCUUGAAUUUCAAAAGCAAAAGACAUGAAUUCUGAAUUAGUAAUAUAAAAUCAUGAUAUUAUAGUCUUGGUUCCAGAUGUUUUGUCUUUUAAACUUCUUUCAAUAGAUAUUUAUUAACGUCCAGUUUGCACCAGCUUUGAAAUGGUUGUCAGAAGUAAUGAAAUAUGUUUCCAGCAAGGAGCUGACAGUCUAGUGUUAGGGGGAGACAGUGCAGGCAGUUACACAGUGUGGUGGUGCUUUCAGGGGUAAGUACAGUCCAUGACGACAGAGGAAGCAAGAGGAGUUCCUACAGGAAGUCUGCCCUACAGACAGCUCGCUCCACGUACAGAAAACAAUAUGUGCAGAGGCAAUGAAAAGCAGGGAAGAAAUUUGAUAAUUAAACAUAUGAAGUUCUACAGGCAGAUAAAAGUGGGCUAUCACAAAGCUGAAGGGUCUUAGAGACCACCUACCAUCUUUUGUUUGUACAGCAUUUUCUGGACGAGAUGCAUGCACUCAUUUGGUUCUCACAACUGUCUUUCAAAGUUGAAGUCACAGCUUAGGGAUUAAAAAUGAGCUACUAAAAACAAUGAUUUAGUUACUAGAGAACUGGAUCCCCUUUUACCAUUCACCUUGGUCUUGCGAGCUGAAUGGGAACUGAACCAUUCAUUCAACAAACAGUGCCAGGCACAGUGGUGCAGGCCUGUAAUCCCAGCAGCUCAGGAGGCUAAGGCAGGAGGAUCACAAGUUUGAGGCCAGCCUCAGCAAC